GUUGGGGGUUGGGUCUAUGUGUACUGCAUUCUCGAAUCGUCCCCUCACUAUAGCUACUGUGGAUUUUCAGUAUACAGCUAUCCUCACUCAACGCGUCUAUGUGUCCGGAAAUCUCCAAUACAAAUCAACCUGUUAGGUUUCAGUAUGCAGCUUUCGUCACUCAAUGCGGCUAUGUGUCCGGCAGUGGCAAACGUCACUCUACCGGUUAGGUCUCAAUAUGCAGCUAUCCUCACUCAAAGUGUCUGGCACUAUCCAACAUCACUCAACUCGUGUUCAGUAUGUAGCUAUCCCCACUCAGCGCGUCUAUGUGUCUGGCAAUCUCAAAAACCAAUCUAUCUGUGAGGUUUCAGUAUGCAGCUAUCCUCACUCAACACGUCUAUGUGUCCGGCAAUCUCCAAUAUAGAUCACCUGUGAGGUUUCAGUAUGAGUCGAUCCUCACUCAAAGCGUCAAUAUGUGUCCGGCACUAUCCAACAUCACUUCAACUCGUGAGGUUCAGUAUGUAGCUAUCCCCAAUCACCGCGUCUAUGUGUCUGGCAAUCUCAAAAACCAAUCCAUCUGUGAGGUUAUGCAGCUAUCCUCACUCAACAUGUCUAUGCGUCCGGCAAUCUCCAAUACAGAUCACCUGUGAGGUUUCAGUAUGUGUCUAUCCUCACUCGGUUCGUCUAUGUGUCCGGCACUAUCCAACAUCACCCAACUCGUGAGGGUUCCGUGUGUAGCUAUCCCCACUCAACGCGUCUAUGUGUCUGGCAAACUCAUAAACCAAUGCAUCUAUGAGGUUUCAGUAUGCAGCUAUCUCCACUCAACGCGUCUAUGUGUCUGGCAAACUCAAAUUCAAAUACCAAUGCAUCUACGAGGUUUCAGUAUGUAGCUAUCCUCACUCAACACGUCUAUGUGUCCGGCAAUCUCCAUCACAAAUCACCUGUGAGGUUCAGUAUGUGUCUAUCCUCACUCAAUGCGUGUAUGUGUCCGGCACUCCUGUUCGUGCGUAGAAGUAGAUAGUCGAAAAGUAGCCGUUACGUAGGACGCAGCUGGGACAACUUGAAGGGCCGAGUCGGAAGGGCAAGGCCAGGAGGGGUCGGCGGCGCUGCAAGAGGGCGCCGCGGGUGCGGCGGAAUUGGGGGUUCCGGCGAGCAGCCACCGAGAGCUGUAUCCUGCGGUGGUCGUCAGGGAGGGCGACACUGCUGGAGGAGAGAUCAGCAGUAGGCCGGGCUUGGAAGGCGCCCUGGUGCGGGAUGUGGAGGUCCCUGCUGCAGGUGGGUUUGGUGCAUUCCAAGACACCAACUCUCUUCGUAGUACGUUCGGCAGUGCUUGCGUACAGCAGUCUGCUGCCGCUGGAGACACUGGUGAGAGUGUCACAGCAACCGAUCAAUCCAUUCAGGGGAGGUCGGGUGGAGAAUGCGGCACGGCGGAAGGGUCGUGUCCACUGUUCUGCCUUGCUGUAGUAGCGGGCGGGGCGCACAGAAGUCGCCGGAAUUGAUGGUGCAACAGAACGGACGGAGGGGCCGUGAAGUCGCGCAGUUUUGGCGCGCACUCCAUCUGCGGUAAGGCGGUGGAUCAACAUGAAAGGCGUUAGAGUAAUCGGCGCAACAGAACGGACGGAGGGGCCGUGAAGUCGCGCAGUUUUGGCGCGCAUUCCAUCUGCGGUAAGGCGGUGGAGCACCAGGACGGUAGAGAGACCGUUGGGCAGGAUUGCCGGAGACACUCAACCAUGGAUCGACCGCGCGACGGCGCGGGGGGGGGUGGGCGCCGUACAUGCUUGAUGCUGGCGGUGUUUUGUUAAGUCGAUCCAAGGCCGGCAGUAGAGGCCGGGUACGCCCUACCACGGUUGACACGCGCGACGGCGCGUCGGGGGGUGGGCGCCGAUCACGCGGGAGCGGGCGGCGUUUUUUGACCACAGCACGGACGGAGGGGCCGGGCCGUGGCUGUUCUGCCUCGUCAUAGGAGCGGGGGGAGUAGCAUAUUAAGUCGCGCGGAGGUGGCGCGCAACCAUCAGCCGGAGGUGGGUGGUGGAACGGGGCACAGCUAAGUGGGUGUCAUCAAAGUCGCGUGGGGAGGUGCCGCGCGCAUUUCAUCAGCCGGGAACGAGCGGUGGAGACAAGAAUGCGUCAGGAUGGACGUGAGGAAUUAAAGGCGUGCUUCGCCAUCAAGAUGUGUUGGUGGAGUAGUUGGAAUAAGCUUGGAUUUUGUUGUCUUGUUUUGUGUGGAGGUACCAGUUUGAGGUCGUGAUGAAAUCAAGCAACUUGUAUUCGAGGAAAUUCUGUUCACUGUUGCGUGUUUCUUUCCGCCGUCAUUUGCGCGUUGUCUUGCACCCAAAUCGUGGUUGUUCUGAAUGUUUGUGUUCGUCGUUAUGCCAUUAGUGCAUCCUUCGCCGGUGACGUUGUGUUGCUGGUGAUGAUGGCAAAGUGUCGGGGGGUAGAGACGUUCACGUUGGUAGAAUUUGCCACCAUCACUCAUGUGUGGGGGCUACGCGGUUAUAUGUGACCCACGGCCUAAGUAGGAGGCGCAACAAGUGUUUUGUUUACCUGAGUUGUUGCAGAACAAGGGAGGGUGGAAACGGGCGUGUUUCUUUUGAGAAUGUUACGCUUGAAGAGUACGCCCGGUCUUGGUAUUAUGCAACUUGACAGGUUGGUGUGUCGGGCAGGUAUGCAGUUGUUAGUGGAAGUCGAUUUUGUUUUCACGUACGGAAGCAUGUUGGUUGUGUCUGUUUUGGGAAGCGACAUCUAGGUGAUGGCCAUGUGCGUGUUCCUCUGGGCGCCGGUGUUGCGCAAGGGAGGGCACUAGGCUUAGGUUCCUGGUGUGCUUGUCUAUAAUGCAGACAGCGUAGAUGCUUGGGGUUCGUAGUACAGCGUUACCAAGUUGUGGGGGGGCGUUUGUGUUUUGCGUAGUUGUGCUUGAAGGUUCAGUAGCAAGUUGAUGUAUCCUUGAUUGAAGGAGAACUGAGGAUUGAUUUGGUAGUUUGCAGAUGGUGGACCUUGUUUGAAGCAGGCUACAUUCGGCAGGUUGUAUAUUUCUCAAAAGCGGGCAUCCUUUGGAGAAUCGAGUUUGAUUGGUUUUUCAGUUGGAAACAGGUCAUGAUUUUGAGUUCGUGUAGGAUUGCAGAUGGUUGAACCGAAGGCAGGGAGAACGUACCUGUUCGAUGCAGUUUUCGUGUGGAAUGCAGAUAGACAGGGAGGGCGUUGCCUGUAUGUGUGUGACACCUGAAGAGUCAGUUGGUGCUGCACAGCAAGGAGUUCGUUCCAUCAUGUCGGAAGGAUUUGUCAGAGGCGUUGCUCGAGGUAGUAGAGCGUUGCCUAGAAUUUGUAAUCCGAGCGUCUGGAGUGGUUUUAUCUUUGUCUUCUUGCAGUACGGCCGUUGGAAUCAUUGGUGAUAUGGACGGCUAUUGGAUUUUGUUUGAGCCGUUGGAAUCUUUCGUGAUAUGAUCGGCGUGAGGCGUUGAAUUUCUGAGGGGUUUUGAUCCGGUGGCCGGGUUUCCCCUUUACUUUCGGUUUGUCUCGAAAAGUAGCC